UGCUGGCUUGAGACAUGGCUGUUUCUCCUUACGUGAAGAAUAUGCAGGAGCAGUUCCGGGCAAACACGCGGAGCCGUGAAUUCCCCGCGCACGGGGCCAAGGUCCACUCGGUGGCCUGGAGCUGCUGUGGCCACCGUCUGGCCUCCGGCUCUUUCGACAAGACCGCGAGCGUCUUCGUGCUGGAUAAAGACCGGCUGGUCAAGGAAAACAAUUACCGUGGCCAUGGAGAUAGUGUGGAUCAGUUGUGUUGGCAUCCUAGUAUCCCAGAUCUAUUUGUCACAGCAUCUGGUGAUAAAACCAUUCGUAUAUGGGAUGUUCGAACCACUAAGUGCAUUGUCAUGGUGAAUACAAAAGGUGAAAACAUUAACAUCUGCUGGAGCCCUGAUGGUCAGACUAUUGCAGUAGGGAAUAAAGAUGAUGUUGUCACAUUCAUUGAUGCUAAGACAUAUCGGUCCAAAGCUGAAGAGCAAUUCAAGUUUGAAGUGAAUGAGAUAUCUUGGAACAAUGAUAACAAUAUGUUUUUCCUCACCAAUGGCAACGGUUGCAUCAACAUCCUCAGCUACCCGGAGCUGAAACCCAUUCAGUCAAUUAAUGCUCACCCCUCAAAUUGCAUUUGUAUCAAGUUUGAUCCAACGGGCAAGUAUUUUGCUACCGGAAGUGCUGAUGCAUUAGUUAGCCUCUGGGAUGUGGAUGAGCUGGUAUGUGUACGAUGCUUCUCUAGACUUGAUUGGCCUGUCAGGACUUUGAGCUUUAGCCAUGAUGGCAAGAUGUUGGCUUCAGCCUCUGAAGAUCACUUCAUUGAUAUUGCUGAAGUAGAAACUGGGGAGAAGCUCUGGGAAGUACAAUGUGAGUCCCCAACUUUCACAGUCGCUUGGCAUCCAAAAUGUGCGCUAUUAGCCUACGCCUGUGAUGAUAAAGAUGGCAAAUAUGAUAGCAGUAGAGAAGCGGGCACUGUAAAGCUCUUUGGUGUUCCCUAUGACCCUUAAGAGAAAGCUGCUAGAGACUUUAUUUACGACCUAGGAUUAUAAGCCAGUGUAGAACAUUCAGAAGACACUCAACUCCUCUCUGGAUUUGUUUUUCUUUGUGGAAGAGAAUAAUGCCAUGAAUUUUAAUUCCCUUGUCUGGGAAUUAGGUUUUAAAGAAGUUUUUAUGCAUUGUUAACUGUCCUAGAAGACAGAGAAGCUGAAAUGAUCUGGACUCUCCUUGGAAGGCAUGGCUUAUUCAAUAUUUUGAUUGCAGAAUUACAGGGGAGCUAUCAAUAUUUUAGCUGCCAAUGCGUUUGUGUUCUGCAUCAUAACAGUCUCUGUCCUCUGUUUAAUUGAGACCGUUAGAGGCAAAAAUUGCUGCAAACACGGAUUAUGCAUCACUCUCAUUUUCUGUGUCUUCUUUUGAGAAUGGAAAUUCUGGUUGAGAAUUAUGCUGGUUUCUUCUAGCCAUGUUUGAAAUUUUCCUUUUCAUCGUUAACUUUUGAGAAAAUGUAUAUAAGUAUGUGUCCAAUUCUUUUUGUACCUUAGGAUAAUAAAAGGAGUAAGGCUGGAAAAUGA